CGGCUGACCAGUUCAGGCAAUCUUCUAGGCAAGCCACAUUGACACGUUCAUUCGUCGGUCUCGACGCGAUGCUCGGCCGGCGCUCGCAAACGGGCUGACAGCGGAUGGCGGGCGCCUCGAGAUGCUGCUAAAUUCUCACCCGGCCUCGACGACCCCGACAUCCCAGGACCAAGGUGCGGCUGGCAACCCUGGUCAGGCUGGCAUCGACACCAUGCAGCCAGGCCCCCGCGCAGAUGAAUGCCUCGUCACCGCCGCCUGCGACCUCGGCAGACUCAACUCCAGCAUCGCGUUGAGACGGUGCGGUGACCGAUAGCGCGACCAUCACACCAUGGAGUCUGCGCUCCCCGUCGACGGGGCCUCGCCCUCCAUGCCUGGCGCGUCCCCUCGCAUCUCGACGCUCCUCGCCGCGACCGUCCUCGGCGCCGGCCUCGCCGUGUGGCUCCUCGGCUGGCUCCUCACGCCCGCGCUCGACCCGCGCGAGCCGCCGCUCAUCAAGCCCGGCAUCCCCUUGGUCGGGCACAUCAUCAACCUCAUCCGGCUGCAGGGCGAGUUCCACACGGCGCUGCGCCGGACCAGCCCCGACGUGCCGCUCGCGACGGUGCCCAUGCUCAACGGCAAGCUGUACGCCAUCUUCGACCCGGACCUGAUCCAGGCCACGCUGCGCCAGCGCGCCGCCAGCUUCGAGCCCUUUGUCGUCGGCUUCGCGCAAAAGUCGUUUGGCCUGUCCGACGCCACCUUUGCCAAGAUCACCGACCAGCCGCAGCUCGUGCCCGACUUUACCGACGCCAUCCACCGCAGCUUCCACCCCAAGGCGCUGGCGCAGAUGAACCUGCACUUUUUGCGCGCCGUCUCGACAAGGCUGGACGCUGUCGUCGACGCAGCCGCCGUCGACGCCCUCAACGCCGGCUGCGAGCGCAGGGCUGCCGACGGGGCCCUCGAGGUGGGCAACCUGUUCCUCUGGUGCAGGGACGUCAUGAGCAUGGCGACGACCCGGGCGCUGUACGGCGACAGCGACCCCUUUAGCGCGGACCCGUCCCUGAUCCAGGCCAUCUGGACCUUUGAGACGGCCGUCCCGCUGUUCCUGCUGUCGCUGUUCCCGUCCAUCACGAUGCCCAGGGGCCACCGGGCGCGCGAGGUGCUGCAGCGGACCAUGGGGGCCUACUACGAGGCGGAGCGCGACGCCCGCGACCCGACCACCUCGGCGCUGACGGCCAACCGCGCCGCCACGCUGCGCCGCUACGGCUUCGCCGCCCACGAGAUUGCCAAGCUCGAGUGCAUCCUGCCCGUCGUCGCGACCACCAACGCCGUGCCCACCUUUUUCUGGAUGCUCGUCUUUGUCCUCGCCCGGCCGGAGCUGGCCGCGCGGCUCCGCGCCGAGGUCGCCGCCGCCGCCUCGUUGGGCCCCGACACACCCGCCCCCGCGACCGUCACGCUCGACAUUGCCGGCUUCGACCGGCAGCUGCCCCUCAUGGUCAGCUGCUACCGCGAGACGAUGCGCGUCAUCAAUCACUCGGUCAGCAUGCGGCGCGCCAUGUCCGACAUGUCGCUCACCGCCGCCGACGGCAGGACGUACCUCUUGAAGGAGGGCGUCGACAUCCAGAUGUCGGCGGGCGUCACGCACGGCGAGCGCGGCAUCUGGGGCGACAACGCGGCCGACUUUGACCCGGAGCGCUUCCUCGUCCUCCCCGGCGCCGGCCCGGCCCGCACCUCCGACGCGGAGCGCAGGAAGAAGACGGCCUACUUUCCCUUUGGCGGCGGCCGCCACCUGUGUCCGGGGCGCAACCUCGCCUUUUGCGAGAUCCUCGGCUUCGCGGCCAUGGUGCUGCUGCGCUUCGAGGUGGAGCCCGUCGGCAUGGGGUUCGCGGCGCUGCGCAUGGACGGCGCGAAGCUGUCGGCGCCGUCGUGCAAGCCCGUCGGCGGCGGCGAGGGCCUGGGCGCGCGGAUCCGGGCGAGGAGGGGGUGGGAGGGCACGCGGUUUGCGUUCAAGUGCUAG